CUCAGGGACCUCAACGGUCCUGACUCUCCUCCAUCUCUUUGCAUUGUGCAACUUGGCCAGGUGACUCGAGAACUCAGUAACUCGGUCAGCCGAGCCAGUUGACAAGGCUUUUCUUGGUAUCUUGAGUCUUUGUGGAUUUGAGACAUCUGUCUUAUUUCCAAACAGGCGGAUAGUUUCAUCUGCACCUCUUUAGGCAGCACCAGACGCCACCUGGGUGUUCGAGCUGAUGCAAUACGCAGCGAAAUCGAAUAUAUAGGCUGCGCCAAUUGUAAGCCGUGAUCGAACGUCGAGUAUAAAAAGAAAUCUAAACCCGCGCUUGCUUUCACGAACGCUUUCUCUUGUUCUCCGCACAUUUGGCUAUCAAGAAAGCCACCCUCAUAGAGUAAUCGAGCCUUGCACUUCCUCGACGACAAAGCCACCGCCCACAAUGAACUGCAGCAUUUGUCACCGCCCGCACGAUGCCAAAAAGUUGCCUUUCCUUUGCGCAGUCGACGCGAGGAACCGCCUCUAUGAAAGCCGCAUCGAGUACACCCGCGCCUUGAUACAGACUGAAGAGAACCGAGUCCGAGUCGACGCCGCCUUAGCAAGUGAAGCAGCCGAGACACAGGAGGAUGUCGACACCAGGAGGAUCAGGGUGGAGUCGCUGAAAGCCCAGGAAGAAGAAGCCACCGACCGAACAAACCGCAUCGUUGCGCAAGCAGAGGUUUUGAGGGCCCAAAUUGAUGCCGCACGGGAGGAGAUCGCUGCAAAGAAGGAUGCGUUGGCUCGGAGAAAGUCUGACCUGGCCUCGGUCACCACCGGAACACAGGCCAGGCGGGCCAGGCAACUGGAAGAGGUGGAGCGGUCUUGUCAGAGAUCGAAGUACAAGUGGAAUCGCAGCGCCGACACAAUGGCAGCGACGAGAGCCUUCCUGUGCGAGGAGGCUGCGAGGCUUUACGGCCUCCGGCAGGUCAAGAAGGGCAGCACUAAGCGGUAUGAGAUUGGCGGUGUCGAGAUGUUUGACCUCCAUGCCAUGAACAGUUUGUCGCCCGAGGUGAUUUCGACAGCACUCGCGCACAUUGCGCAUAUCCUAGUUCUAGCAUCGCAUUAUCUGGCCAUUCGACUACCAGCAGAGAUCACGCUCCCGCAUCGUGACUACCCUCGGCCAACCAUCUUCUCGCUUGCGUCCUCGUACAAGCAUGGGGAAGUUCCCUUUCCGGGUUCAGCGCUGUCUUCCCAGAUUCCGGUUGAUAGUGAGCAACCACAUGUUCCGCGGCCCCGGUCCCUAUUCAUCGACAAGCCGCUUCCCGUGCUCGCCAAGGAGGACCCAUCCGCAUACUCAUCCUUUCUGGAAGGAGCAGCAUUGCUGGCAUAUGACAUUGCUUGGGCAUGUUGUUCCCAGGGGGUUUGGUUUGGUGACAAGGAUUCGUACGAGGACGUGUGCAACAUGAGCCAAAACCUCUGGCGGCUGCUCAUUGGUGACCAGCUUCACCGACGGUCUGUCGAGCCAACCUUCCCAACCUCGCUCACUCCGCCGACGGGAAGCCCCAGAGAUGGCGAUAAUGGCGAGGUAACAAAUCCCAAGCUGACCAUCGGCCGCUGGUCUCACGGGACAGCGCACAGCUACCUGGGGGGAGCCGAGGGGACCGAGUUUGUCCGAAACUUUAAGAUCCUCUCCCCGCUGAAGGUAGCCGACAGACUCAAGAAGCGGUUAUCGAGCGAGGCCCCCAUGCUGGAAUGGGAGAAGAUUGAAGGGGACGAAAUCGAGGACGGGUUUGAGGACGGCGUGCUGGUACGAGGGCAUGGCAACGGUGGGUCUGCUGGACGUAGCGACCUCGGUGCUACAAGCAUCAUGACGGUGCGCACUGUUGGUACUGCCGGCGGCUUUCCUGAUACUGGCAACACAGCCAGGGGAACAAGUGGGUGGACGAAGCUAAAGAAUCGGUAGAUAAUGCACAUAGACCGUCGACAAUUGAGGAAUAUACAUGUAGGCGCUUAAGCAGAU